UUUAUGUUGAGGACACUAGAACUGCACACAGGACUCCAAGUGAGGUCUCAUGAAAGCAGAGGCAGUGAUUGAACUCCUCAGACAUGGGGCUGACCCAAAUCUGCCACUGAGUGGAGCAGUAAGAAGUGCCCUGUGUCCUGCUGUCAGUACGGCAUAUGAACAGCAGAGGACAGCAGCACAGAGGAUUGCCUUGGAUAGAAUUGCUCACACACCAUACCACAUACUGUCAGCAUCUGAGCAGGAAGGUUUUCAAAUACGCCGAUCACUCCUGGAACACAUUACAGUGAAGCUCCGUGAGCUUGUCAUCCUGAAAGAGAAAGAGUGGGAUCAAGAAGAGCUGCGAGGAUCCAAGAAAUGUUAGUUGAAGUCUAAGAUUAGUUCAAGAUUAAACAUUGCAUCAUCUGGCAUGAAGAGGAAUUGAUUAUUAUAGUUUUCAUUAUUGU